AUGGAAGAUGACUUGGCAAUUGCAUCUGAAGCAGGUGACCACCCUCCUCACCCAACACAACCGCUUCUCGGACCGAUACCACCUCUAACACAUCGUCGAAUAACGGCACCAUCAACGCUUCUCCACAACAGACCCUUCAGCAGGGCAUUCGACCUUCCCGCCUUUCCACCACGCUGGGUCGACACUCCAGACGACUAUACAUGUCCAUUCGCCGAUCUCCAUCCGUGGGGCCAAUACGUGACACCCCGUCGACGUGCACUCAGAUCAAGAGAAAACGAACUAACAGCGGCUCUCCCUCUCCACGUUUACCACCAAAUUCUCCGGAAUGGUCACUUCUCGAGCCGCUUCGUCCGCUUACUUUUCCCUCGUCGCUUCGUGGGAUUACCUUCUCCAACGAACCCGGUGCCGGUAACGGAGUCAGUGCAGUUUGAGGAUAUUAACGCUUUCUGGCAGCACGCGAUUCAACUAAUCGACGACUUGCUCAACGCUAGCUUCCAAGACGACACCGACGACAUCCGGCGUACGCCACGCCGUCGACCUCCGAUGGUGUCAAACCCGCAUCCUCCUUGGCACCUCCACCAGGCGAAGAACGUCAUACGGUCCUGUACCAAGUUGUCGCCAAGCAGAACACCACCUCUUAGGUGUCGUGCUCGCAGUCCACCGACGACGGCAGUUUGGUCCACUUUAACAACAUCCACGUCGCGUUUGAAGGAUGUCCUGAAGCAGUACGCGUACUUCCGACAUUGCAAUUUCGAAAUUGACGAUGUCGAACGUAACACUAGCUACUCGGCCUGGUGCGCACGAACGUAUCAUGCUCCAUACGCUUCUGUGUUCCACAGCCCUAUGUGA